AUGGCCGAUUGUCCCCAGUUUCAGUUAAUGCCCCAAGUAAUGCCUGUCUAUCGUCCGCAAACGCCGCUAACACAGCCGCCUCCGCCGCAGAACGCGUUUCCAAUGUCACCGGGGCAAGGGCAACCGAUCUUCUCAGUGCCGCCGCCGCAAUUUGGAUAUCCGCCCAUGGCGUGGUCGCCAGUCCAUCAGUAUCCGCCUCCGCCGCCUCUGACGCCGCAGCAACCGGCCCCGGAUCACACCGAGGUGGAUGACGACUACGACGUGCAGCAGCUCGUGUUCAACAAUAACAACAACUACAGCAUCAACAAAAAUAUAAUUUCCGCAGAUGACUUUCAAAUUGAUUCGGAACUGCAGCCUCCCCAGCGCCAUAACACUCAGAACUGGCAGAUGUUCUCGCAGCGCAAUGUUUCCAAUAAGUUUGAUACACGACAUGAAGAAUUCAGAAAAUACUUGGAAGAAGUGGGUAUUUUGUCUACUUUCACUAAUAUAUUAUCUGAUAUGUACCAAGAUCCUUUACGACCUAAUGAUCCUUUGGGAUAUAUUCGAGAUAAAUUAAGUUCUUCUCGGCCUGAAACAAUUGAACUUAAAAAUCUUCGCAUUUGGUGUGAUCAAUACCAAACAAGAACCAUUCGUCUUGAAAAAGAGUUGAAGCACGUAAUUGAACGGUUAAGAAAAUAUGAACCAUAUAUUACUGAUGAUUCUCUUUUGAACGAAAAUUCUACAGAAAAGGACUGCAAAUCAUGUGUAUCCGAUGUAUCAAAACUUGGGUUGGAAAGUAAGAAAGAAAAUGCUCAACAUGGAUCAAGAAAAAAUUAUAAUCAAUAA